AUGGUCGACUGGAUCUCGCUGGCGGUCCCCUUCGCCUACGUGGGCCUGCUCAUCGGGUCUAUGGCUACCUUCUCGUACCUAUACCGCACCCGCAAAGCCUCGCGCGCCGCGUCCCUGGCGCCUUGGUUCGGCGCGCAUACGACCCGCAACAUCUACCUCUCGUUGCUGCACAUCGAGCAGCCCAAGGUCCCUGACUCGGUCCUCAAGGCCGCUCUUCUGCGCCGUGCAGUCGAGGACAUCCACCGCAUCGUCGAGAUCCGCAACGCCAAGCAGGCCCUGCAGUCCUUGCUGCAGCGUGGCAGCGUUGGUGACGACUUGUGGCAGCGUUUCCAGCGCGCCGAGAAAGAGAUCGAGGCCGAGCUGCGCGACGUUGUGCAAGAGGCCAACGCAUUCACCCCCGGCUGGGGCCAGACCAUCUUCCAGAACGCCUCCGAAGUCGCUCAGAACCAGAUCCUCAAGGCCCGCGUCGACGAGCUGCAGGCCCAGACAGCCGAUGAGAAGGCUUGGUGGGAGAAGAAGCGUGGUACCAUCCGCUCCGAGUUCAUGAAGGAGCUGGGCGCCGAUGAGGGGUCCGGCGUUCAGACAAAGAGCAGCGACGACGAUACCGUGCUUGUCGACACCGCCUCCACCGCCUCUAUGUCCAGACCGAGCACCGCGGGCUCUGCAAUCUCCGGAGCAAGCUCUAAGAAGAGGGGCAAAGGCAAGAAAUAG